AUGUCGCGACCGACACCGCCCCUCUCCCGGCAGGAGAGUAUCGAGUCGGCCCGGCAGCCCGCGCUGUCGUCCUUCUUACAAGAAAAGCUACAGAGGGAGCGAAGAACCGAAAGCGAAAGACUAAACCAGUCGCAAUCAUCUUUGCCCAGGUCGAAUCCCGAUAUGGGCGGCUCUGUCGACCUUGGCCGAGCACCGAACUCCCCUCUCAAGACAACGUCCGACGUCAACCGACCACAAUCAAGCGCCGGCAUUGACCAAGGCAAGAAGAAGGGGUUAGGGGUCAAAGAAAUGGAGAAGGUGAUUUCGACCCUGCACAAGCAAAAUUUUGACUUGAAGCUCGAGCUUUACCACAGACGCGAGAGGCAGACGACAUUGGAGGAGCGAGUCGACGCGUUGGAGAGCGACAAGCAACGCAUCGAAGAAAUCAAUGACAAGCUGUUGAUCGAAUUAGAGAAGCGUGACAAGGCGGUUGAGGAAGCAGUCGCCAUGAUCGUAAACCUAGAAGCAAAAGUCGAUCAGCUCUUUCGAGAGAGAACCAUGGUACAGCAUAUUGAAAAUGAAGGCUUCUUCUGUCCCCGCGACUACGACCUUGGUUACAAGACCCCAGUUCCGCAAGGUGUCGGCCCUGAUGUUGGAAGAAUGGAAGACGAUGCUAAGGUUAUCAAUCGAAUGCCCAGCUUCUUGUCUGACCAUAGCGAAACGACGCAAAAUCUCCGCAACGUGUAUCUGGGAUCCAAGGCUAGCAUGCUAAGCUUAACACGGGUAGCAGAGGGCUCUCCCGAAGCUGAUAAUAUGCAAGCGUUGGGUAGUCCAACUCUUAGUGUACUUAGUGAAAGCUCAUUUGUCAGUGUCUAUGGUCGAAAGGAGAAUGGGAACCAAGCCGCCACCGAUGUCGACGAGACUUUAGUUCUUGAUGAAGCAGACUCCACUUUCAUCAACGAGGCGAAUGAAGAGCAACCGCCGCGGAAGCAUACCCGAUCCGUGUCUUCAGGUAAAAAGGGAGGCUCUCGUGUAAGUUCUGCAGGCCAAUUUCAGUCGAUCACAGAUGUUAUCGCUGGUUCACCACUCCAGCGGCUGGAAAGGCUCGACAUGUCCUAUGGGAACAGAAGGGAGCAAGUAGGACCGCAGGGUCAGACAAAAGACUCUGUGAGAGUUCAACAUCUUUCCGACAGCAAACCAGCAGGUUCACGAAGCCUGAAACAAGACAAACGUGAUGCUCUGCGAAGAGUAACAACUGAUGGACAAGGUGGUGUACGGCUAAACGACCAGGUUCUCCCUCCUACGCCGGAUACGAUAUCGAGCUCCACCUUGAACCGGUUUAAGGACUCGCACGAUGCCUUUUCGCAGCAGGAUCUAAAUGAAGAAAAUAGCAAUGGGGUUACGUUGAACCCGCUUGGUGAACUAGGCAGAAGUCAGGGGGAUGAUCGCUAUCUGGUGAUGCCAAAUGGACCUCCCGAGGAGGCAGACAGCUGGGCGUCACCAAGUAAGCCAACACUUGAGUCGCUUUUCGCACACAGAGGGCCUGCUAUUACUCGCCCGCGGUCCGCAGAUGAAUCAACGGCGUCUCAUAGGAGAGGCAAAGGCUGGGACAGCGAUGAUGACGAUGAUUCAGACGCCCAUUCAUUACAAUCAAGCCUUGACAUCUGGAUGCGUGAGAGCGCUCAGCCUUCGAGGAAUAAGAGUCGUGUGUCGCCGGAUCUUUUUGGAUUCCCUACCGAAUCGUCGAAAGGCAGCUGGGCUGCACCGACGAUGUUUGGACCAAAUGGAGCUGGAACCGAUAGCGCUCAGGUACCGCCAGGAUUUGACUACAUGCGUGAUCUUUUUUCUGUCCGACAAGGUCUCUUCGCCGGCGCGGCACCGCCGCCACCAAACAGAAGGUCUAGUCUUCACGCACGGACAGGGUCGACGUCAGAAGCCGCAUCACAAGGGACGAGCAGUCAAGCAGGAGACCAAGCGCCUCAGUCGACUGCGCGUCGUCGAAGCUACCACAGCCGGCAGAACAGUGUAGACUUGGGCAGGAGAGAUGAUAUGCGAACUCCUGUUCAGAGGGAUCAAUUUGCACCGCCGCCUCAACCUCAUAGCGACCAGAAACCAAAGCACUAUCCCCCGAUCUCAGGGCAACAGCAUGGAGCCCGCGCUGGCCUCAACAGGCUCUUCCGGCGAUCUACAAGCGGAGCACCUCCAACACCAACACCCGAAUCUGCCACCCCUGUCGAGGGUUCAUCGUCGGAACAAUUCAAGAAUUUUUCUUCCAUGGGCGUUCCAUCAUGGGCAAACCGAAGCAGCGCAGUUGAAGAUGAAAGAUCGGGGGCAACCCCUCCACCCAUUAUGUUCAAUCCUCGCCAGGGCCGACGCAACACGAUGGGCGCAGAGGGAGAGUUGGAGAAACCGACGGUUCAAGACCUGGGUCGGAGCAAAACACCAGGCCCAGCCCCGGCCGCCGCCGCAGCAGCUACCUCGACAACUGUACCGUCAGUAGAUGUCGACAGUAGUCCAGCAGCAGGGCCAUCGGGAACCGGCGGCCGAAGGCGAUGGCUACCCGGGUUCACACGCACAAGCAACUUGAAGAACAAAUCGGGUUAG